UUUGGGUUUGACUUGUGUUUGAGUAAGUGGAGCCAGAUUCACGGAGUUGGGAAAGUAAGGAGCGAUAAAACACACGAGAGGCAACUUUUAGCUGCAGUGACCUUGGCAUCGGCACUAAACAGGCUCUGGGAAUAUUUUGAUCGGUGUCAGUGACUUUGUUUCCACUGGGUCACAAGGUCGAGUCCUUUCAUGGGCUCGUCACCCUGGACAGGUGCGUCGACAGGGUCGUUGAUGGCCACGUUUUGUUUUGAUGCGGUUGUCUGGCUCAGAAAGUGCUGAUAUUAUUUGACAAAAUGGAGCAGAAGCAUUUUGUGGCGUCGUCAGGCUUACACACCUUUUCCGAGGGUGAAGAGGUGAGAGGGUCCGGAGGUGAGACCCACAACUCAGAAAGGGUCACCGAAGUGGAGGAGGACAGGAGUCCAGAGGAUGACAAGGAGACACCGGGGAAUGAAGACUGUGAAGAAGAAGAAGAAGAAGAAGAACUGGACGACAUCCUCUACCCUCCUUCCCUGUCCCACAGGAAGGCGAGUAAUCCAGAGCUGACUCAUGGAUUCAGUCCUGCUCUCAAAUUAAUGCGAUAUCUCAGUGAGGAUGGAAAAAACAUUCGAAGGAGGAGUCUCGGGGGUGGUCUCACAGGAAAGUACCUCCUGUUACCCUCCAACCCCCAGCUGACACAGACGGCAUGGCACCCGUCAUCUGAGACCUCUAACUUGAGCCGUAUGCAUUCCCUGAAUCUGGGAAAGUCAGACCCCUCCCUCACCUCCAGCCUGAAAGAGCUGAGUCUUCCAAGAAGAGGCAGUUUCUGCAGAACGAGCAACAGAAAAAGCCUGAUAGGAAGCGGUCAGUCUUCAGGUUUACCUCGACCUCACUCCCCUCUCUCAUCUCUUACAGGAACAAGCCCACAAGACAGUCCCAGAAAUUUCUCUCCUAGUGCCUCUGCUCAUUUCUCCUUUGCACGAAGGACUGAUGGUCGCCGCUGGUCGCUGGCCUCCCUUCCCUCCUCUGGAUAUGGAACCAACACACCCAGCUCCACUGUCUCUUCGUCCUGUUCAUCACAGGAGAAGCUGCACCAGCUGCCCUUCCAGCCCACACCUGAUGAACUGCACUUCCUCUCCAAGCACUUCUGCACUGAGAGCAUCUCCGGCGAUGAAUGCUGCAGAGCCACAGCCAUGCGACCCCGCUCACGCAGUCUCAGCCCUGGCAGAUCUCCAUCAUGUUAUGACAACGAGAUUAUUAUGAUGAAUCACGUCUACAAGGAGCGCUUUCCUAAGGCCACAGCUCAGAUGGAGGAAAGGAUUCAGGAGAUCAUCCGCAGCAACUCUCCAGAGAGCGUCCUCCCUUUGGCAGAUGGUGUGCUUGGCUUUGCCCACCACCAGAUAAUUGAACUGGCCCGCGACUGUCUGGAGAAGAGUCGGCUGGGACUCAUCACUUCCAGCUACUUCUGCGAACUCACCGACAAGCUGGAGAGACUUGUUCAGGAGUCUACAGAGAGGUCAGAAAGCGAGGAGGUAAACUUCAUCAGAGAACUGGUGAAGAAGAUCCUCAUCAUCAUCGCCCGGCCUGCUCGACUGCUGGAAUGUCUGGAGUUUGACCCGGAGGAGUUUUACUACCUUCUGGAGGCUGCUGAGGGACACGCUAAAGAGGGUCGAGGCAUCAAAACGGACAUCCCUCGCUACAUCAUCAGCCAGCUGGGCCUCACGAGAGACCCCCUGGAAGAAAUCGCUCAGCUGACCAGCUGUGACAGUGGGAUUGCGGAAACCCCAGAGACAGACGACUCAUCUCAGAGCCUCAGCACAGCCUUGCGGUCCCGGAGAAAACCCUCUGAGUUGGACUUUGAGAUGACAAAACUCAUCAGCAAUGGUGCCUAUGGAGCUGUUUACCUGGUUCGGCACAAGGAAACUAAGCAGCGGUUUGCCAUGAAAAAGAUCAACAAGCAGAACCUGAUGCUGAGGAACCAGAUACAGCAGGCCUUUGUGGAGAGAGACAUCCUCACCUUUGCUGAGAACCCUUUUGUGGUGUCCAUGUACUGCUCCUUUGAGACACGGCGGCACCUGUGCAUGGUCAUGGAAUAUGUUGAAGGAGGAGACUGUGCCACCCUUUUGAAGAACAUGGGUCCUCUGCCUGUGGAUAUGGCUAGGAUGUACUUUGCUGAGACAGUAUUGGCUCUGGAAUAUCUCCACAACUAUGGCAUCGUCCACAGAGAUCUCAAACCAGACAAUCUGCUGGUUACAUCAAUGGGGCACAUUAAACUGACAGAUUUUGGGCUCUCCAAGGUUGGGCUGAUGAACAUGACCACUAACCUGUAUGAGGGGCAUAUAGAGAAAGAUGCCAGGGAGUUCUCUGAUAAGCAGGUGUGUGGGACCCCUGAGUAUAUUGCUCCAGAGGUGAUCCUGAGACAAGGCUACGGAAAGCCAGUGGACUGGUGGGCUAUGGGCAUCAUCCUCUAUGAAUUCCUUGUGGGCUGCGUGCCCUUUUUUGGAGACACACCAGAGGAGCUGUUUGGACAGGUCAUCAGCGAUGAGAUCAACUGGCCUGAGGGAGAGGAGGCGCCACCUCCUGAUGCUCAGGAGCUCAUCACCCUGCUGCUCAGACAGAAUCCUCUGGAAAGAAUGGGCACAGGUGGAGCUGCUGAAGUGAAGCAGCAUCCGUUUUUCCACAACCUGGACUGGAAUGGCCUGCUGAGGCAGAAGGCCGAGUUCAUUCCACAGCUGGAGUCUGAAGACGACACCAGCUACUUUGACACUCGCUCUGAGAGAUACCAUCACCUGGAGACAGAGGAAGAGGAUACCAACGAUGAAGACUUCAAUGUAGACCUGCGGCAGUUCUCCUCUUGUUCUCACAGAUUCUCUAAGGUUUACAGCAGCCUGGAUUUGUCCCGUGGUCACCUGGAGGAGAAGGGCGAGAGCGAGGAGAAGAAGAGCGAGAGCCCACUGACUGUGGACUCUCUCAGCUGGACGCCAGAGUUUGCUGAAAUGCCCUCGCUGUCCCACUCGACGGACACGGACAGUUUGAAUCAGGGGCCUCACCUGAGCCUGCUACCAAAGUUUGCCAUCUCAAUGGAGAGUGAAGGAGAUGAGCCGUCGGGCCUCGGUGACCCCAGCAAGGCCGUCGCCUCCGUUGGGGAGCCCCCGCAGAACGAGCCUGACGCUACCACUCCAGGCAGCACCCACAGCGGAGCCACGCUCUCAGGAAGUUUCUCAGAACAUCUGGACCAGCUGACACCCAGAGGUGAGGGAGUGGAGAGCCCCGACAGUACCAGUCAUACUUCUUCAGACCAGGGGGCUCAGACCGCCUCUCCACAACCCGAGACUGCUGCAGAGAAGACCAGAGCUGCGGCAAAAGUCCCGAAGUCUGUGUCAGCUAGUGCCCUUUCGCUAAUGAUCCCUGGGGAUGUCGUCGGGGUGUCACCGCUGGCCAGUCCCCUGUCUCCUUACUCCCUCUCCUCAGACCCAUCCUCAAGAGACUCCUCUCCAAGCCGAGACUCCUCCCUCUGUUCCACCAACCCACAGCAGCCUGUGGUGAUCCACAGCUCUGGAAAGAAGUUUGGCUUCACGCUGAGGGCUAUCCGGGUGUAUGCAUGCGACGGUGACACCUAUACAGUCUAUCACAUGGUCUGGAAUGUAGAAGAUGGAGGGCCUGCACAUAAAGCAGGAUUGAAAGCUGGAGACCUAAUUACUCAUGUCAACGGAGAACCAGUUCACGGUCUUGUCCACACUGAAGUGGUGGAGCUCCUGCUCAAGAGUGGUAGCAAAGUAGCCAUCUCCACAACCCCAUUUGAAAAUACUUCAAUAAAAACUGGUCCAGCAAGGAGGAAUAGCUACAGGAGCAAGAUGGUCAAAUGUGCCAGAAGGCCCAAGAAGGAGAAGACUCCAGAGAGGCGGCGCUCCCUUUUCAGGCGGUUCGCCAUGCAGCCGUCUCCUCUCCUGCAUACGAGCCGCAGUUUCAGCUCUCUCAACCACUCUCUGUCGUCUGGUGAGAGUCUCCCUGGCUCCCCUACUCACAGUGUCUCCCCUCGUUCCCCUACUGCCGCCUUCCGCCCCGCACCAGAUUUCACACAGUCAGGGGGUAACUCGUCCCAGAGUAGCUCUCCCAGCUCCAGUGCUCCAAACUCCCCUGCAGGCUCCGGCCACAUUCGUCCCAGCACUCUCCACGGGCUCGGCCCCAAACUGCCUGGUCAGAGGCUUCGUCAGGGGCGCCGCAAGUCUGCUGGUAGCAUUCCCCUCUCUCCUUUGGCUCGCACACCUUCACCUACUCCCCAGCCAACAUCUCCUCAGCGCUCACCCUCUCCUCUUCUUAGUGGGCAUUCUGUUGCCAUUUCCAAGACAAGCCAAGGCUUCCCAGCCAAAAUACAUUCCCCACCUACAAUUGUACGCCAUAUGGUGCGCCCCAAAAGUGCUGAGCCACCUCGCUCACCCCUCCUAAAACGAGUCCAGUCUGAGGAGAAGCUGUCUCCCUCUUACACAGGAGAUAAGAAGCAUCUGUGUCCCAGAAAACACAGCCUGGAAGUGACCCAAGAGGAAGUGCAGGAUGAGGAGCUGCGAACUGGGGAGCAGGAUCACACUGUGCUGCAGAGUGUGGAAGAAUCAGCCUGUGAAGCGCUGGCAGUCACCCGUGUACGACCUGUUGAGCAGGGCUGCUUAAAGAGGCCCAUCAGUCGCAAGAUGGGCCGGCAAGAAUCUGUCGAAGAGCUCGACAAAGAAAAGCUGAAGUCGAAGAUGGUUGUGAAGAGACAGGACUGGUCAGAGAGGAAGGAGUCUCUACAGAAGCAAGAAUCCCUGUGGGAAUCUGACUCAUCUCCCUUGUGUGGUGAUGAUAGGGAUGAAAGUUUCCUGGUCCGAGGCCAAAACAAAACCCAGAGCAGCCCAGAGUCUGGCCCUCUAGAGGCAAAAGCCGCCACUACAACCCUUAAAGAUGUGCUGUAUAAAAAGCUCACCACACGUGCGUCUGAAGGCAUCAGUGAACCAUCUGGUGCCAGCAGUGAAUGUGAAGCAGGACUUCGAUCAACUCUCUGCUCCGUUCACCCAGAGUGGCAGCACUCCAGACAGGGCAAGGACAAUGUGAAGCCAGACAGAUUGUCUAAGAGCCUCCAGCUGGACACAGCCAUGUCUCAUGACCACAUUAAAGUGGGACUGGGAAGUGUUCACUCCAGCCCUGAAGGUCUGACCCCUAAGCUUUUCUCUGGCAGAGGAGAGAGCGCUGUGGAAAAACUGCAGCUCAUCUCCUCUGCAGAGUCUCCGCUGCGAAAGGCGUCAUCCGAGUACAAACUUGAAGGACGCCAUGUCUCCUCCCUCAAACCUCUAGAGGGCACCCUGGACAUUGGCCUACUCUCAGGGCCCAGAGUCUCUAAAACAGAAACCUGUUUGUCCAAGAUGGCGGAGAACACAAACGACACUGUUUCUGCGAGUCCUCCAGUUUGGCUCCAGAGCCCUACAGAGAGACACAUAACCAUCCCCCAACUGAAAACUGCAGACAAACCGAAGAGCCCCCUGGCUUGUUCCCCAUGUUCUGAAGCUCUAAAUAGCAUAGUUGUCUCCAAAGAUCAGCCAUUCAAUGGAACGACAGAGGUGAAAGUCAGUACAAGUGGUGAGAAAACACAGGGUAGACAUAGUGAAUCAUUAAAGCUCCCAACCAGCAAAGUGGAGGCCUCAACCUUUACUGGUAAACCAGAGAGUAGGACUGGUAUGAAGGCCAGUUCUCCUCUGGCUCAUGAACAUAGAGGCCCUCGACACAGCUCCCACUUCUCCUCCUGUGGAAAAACACCCUCCAUACGGGAAGUCAGCAAUGAAGACCAGGAGGAUGAAGUGGAGCAGCAGGAAGUCACACUGCGCACUAAAUCACAAAACACUGAUGGCUCCAGGACAGUGGUUUCUUUGGCUUCAGCAAAGCCUGAGGUAGAGAAACCUUGCCCUGCUCCUAAACAAGCAGCAGCUCCAGCUACAGCUGCCAGUGAACCAUCACCUGUGUCGCUGAGGCAGACUACAAACUCUGGUGUGGACACUGGUCAACAUGAGACCUGUGAGAGAAACCCAGCCACUGCACAGAUCUCAAAUAUGACCUCCGUUUCCAAGGUGAAUGUAGAGAAUGUUUCAUCUGUACACGUUCCACAGAAUGUACUUUCAAAACAGCAACUGUUAAACACACGCUCUUCAGACAUGGAACCACACAUUUCUACCACAACAUCAGCAUCUGGCGCUGUGCAUGACAAUAAAUCCUGCACUUCAAAAUCAGGCAGUCAGGACUGCACUGAAAAAUCUGUUGGUGUACCAUCUAACACCGCUGUGAAAGUGACGGGCGGCACAGGCAGCUUAGGCUCUGAGAAGGAAAUCGGUACAUGUGCCACAGCGGAGGCAGACUUAGAAGUUUCUACACUAAAGAUGGCCGCAUCAUUAAAAACUGUUACAGAAGUCUCAUUGAACAAACAAGCUAACACUGUGUCUGUUGGUGCAGUAGAGAGUAGUAGCAUUUCUGUGCAGAAGAAGGAAGCUCCUGUAUCACCAAAGAUGAAGAAUAAAAGCAAUCUGAAAGGUUCAGAGCAGCUAUCAAAAAUCAGUACCACUGAAAAGGCACAGCACAAAUGUUCUGAUGCAGAAUACUGUGCUUCUAAAAAGGAAGAAACUGUUAUGGUUGAAAACACUGUGGCCCCUUCACUGAAACAGAAGAGUUCAGCAAAUGAGAAUGUUUUGAGUCCCAAAGGUAAGCUGAGGCCUGACGCACAGCCUGUGCCACACAACACUGUGAGGGGAGAGGAGGAGGCAAAAACACUGGAGGUAAAGUCUCAUAAUGCAGCUCCUCCUGUCCCAGUAGUCAGGUGCAGUGUGACUGCACACCAGAGAAAUCUGUCUAAAGAAUCUUCAUCCUCGACCUCAAACAAUCAAGGAACCCAUGACACUAAACAGAAAGAUGCCGCUGGAGCUGCCAUGAAGCUCGAGGAGUCGAUCCAGCAGACACGUUUUCCCUCUCACACUAACAUGAAGCAAAGAGAAACCCAGCCCAAAAGCUCUGUAGCAACCAUAACUCCUACGGUAAAAGAAAAUGCUGAGUCAAAGCCAAAUUCCCUCUCUCCUAAGACUGUCCCCUCAGUGUCAGCUCCAAAGACGUCUGUAGCUCCAACACCCGCUAUUAAACAAAGUCUUGAUGCCAAACGUAAAGACACAUCACCCAAAAAUCAAGUGCCAGUCAUUAGAGACCAUAAUGAUUCAAAACCAAAGGACUGUGCUUCUCCUGCUACUCAACAUCAGCUGCUGCAGCUCAGGAAGGAGCCUGUGCAGCCGACACGCAUCCCCCCUCAGCCUGAGCCGCCGCCAGUGCUGCCCAAACCUGCCAUGACAAAGGAGACGCCUUCACUGAGCAGUGGGGUCAUUUCAGUCAGGGUCUCCACCUGUGCACCCCAGGAGACUGUAGUCAGGGUAUCCAAGGAUGCCCCCAAGGCUGAAGUGCUCAAAGCAGACAGUCACAAGGGCCCCGAUAGUAGGAUCAGCAGCCCUGAGAAACAGGUGUCCUGCAGCCGCAAGGACCCGCCUGACAGGAAGAAAAAAGAGCCAGUGCAAGAGGUCGCGUCUGCGCAGAAAAACACAAAGAAAGACGCGUCCAGAGCUGCACUCUCACCACUGAAAGACAGUUCAGGUAAAGACAGUGGCAGGUGCAAGCAGCAGAAGGAGUCGCCACGUAGCUCUGCUAACAAGAAGUGA